AUGACAAAAUCAGCAGCUUACAACCGAUUUGCAAUAUUUAUGAAUGAUAAAACUCACAAGCAACUGCAUUUGGACGGCAAGCUUCUUUGCCAGCGUAUUGAAGCCUACAAGAAGAGGUUUGUAGCUGCCAAGAGAUGGGCCGACAACACUGGUGUGGGGAUUGAAGAGGAGGAGGAUAUUGUUUUGAUUGACGUACUCCUAGAAGGGAAAUGCCCUUGCUACAAACGAAUGUCAGCCCUCUUUGGUGGGAGGCCCAAUGUCACCCCUGCGGCCCAGUAUGAGUCCCAACAAGGAAUAUUGCUUUACAAUCAGCCGGUUGAUAACAACAAUCCAGAAAAUUGGAGCAAUCCCAAAAUUCUUUACCCCGGCUGGGAACCAACACAGGAGGUACUGGACCAGAUGGCCGUUGUGAAUGAAUCACCCAAUCUGGCAACCUCUGGGCAAGCAAAUCAGACCUCUGGAGUGGAUCAGUCCAACAAAAAUCCAGAUUUGCCUGAUAGCCCCUUGGAUGCUCCACCAAGUCACCAACCUACUCCUGCUCUUGCUUCAUCCCCCGUUUGUGCCAUGCCCUUGGCGUUGUCCACCCCAGGUUGUCAGCUUGGCUCGUCUCAGUCCUGCCGUACUAUGGUGUCUAUUCUUGCCGACCUCCAAGCAAAAAUUUCAAGGGAGGAAGAAGAUGAAGUGGAAGAUGCUGAACCGUCAGGUUCAGCUGCGCCUUGUGGACAAUUUGUCAAUCAAGGCGAUUGA